AAGGAAUUGCGGGCAAAAUUUUCUUUUCCUAGACAAAAUUUUAACACGUCGUGGAAUUGUUAUUUUUAAGCGAAAAUAAUGGUCGAAGAAACUCCCAGCACAGAAAAUGUGGAGAAAACUGAAGGAGACCAACCUGCUCAGCCAGUGGAGCCCACCAAAGUCUUCACCGUUGAAGUACUGCAUAUGGUGAAGGAUGCCCAGCAACAACAUGGUUUGCGACAUGGGGACUACCAACGGUACCGUGGCUAUUGCACCCGACGUAUUCGUCGUCUCAGAAAAGCCCUAAAGUAUCCACAGGGCGACAAACGUCAUUUCAAACGGCGAGAUGUAACAUUAGCUCAACUAACUGGAAAACGGGCUGAUGAACGUUUCAUUCACAUCCCAUUGAUAAGUGCAGAGCGGGAUUGGUCUUAUGCGAUGCAGUUAAAACAGGAAGCUAACACGGAGCCAAGAAAACGUUUUCAUUUGAUUAACAAGCUUCGCAAAGCAUGCUUCUAUGCUUUACAACUGCAAGAACUGUGCAAUUCUGAUGUAUUUGAUGCGCGCACAAAACUAGAAUGUGAGGCUUAUGUUGCUUGGAUGCACGGAUCGCUGCACUUCGAACUUCAGUUAUGGGGUAGUGCAUUAGAGCACUUGAAACGUGCGCAAGUAGUUUAUGAAAACCUUGCAAAGGCAUUGCCAGAUGACGAACAGGAACUCUAUCGGGUCAAAGUUAACGAAUUCACGCCUAAUCUUCGUUACUGCGCUUACAAUAUUGGUGGCGGUGGUGGUGCCAGCAAAAUGGAUGAUUUACUUGAGUUGCGUGCACAAGGAUUACUUGAGAAUUUAGAUUUGCUAGUUAGUCAAACGAAAAUGGAAAGUAGCGAGGGCUUGCAAACAAUUGAAUGGCGUAACCGUAAAGUUACUGUACGGCCAGAGAAGGUGCGUCUGUUUUUGCUCAGCAUACAAGAAGUAGAUAAAUCGCUAGAGAAGACAUCGAAAAUAGAAUCAAAGAUUGAAUUGAUUGAACGCAUUUUAAUGGAUUGCAAAGACGCCAUACAGGCAGUAAAAGAAGAAAUAAAACAAGAUCCGAAAUUGCGUUCACUUACAACGGGCCAAACUGUGAGUGGUGUGCAGUAUUUACUUGCAUAUUUGUCGUAUAUACGGCAUAGCCGCACAUUGCAACGCAAUCUAUGUCUUGUAGAACAGGCUAAAUCCAAUUUCGACGACCCCAAUCAAAAGUCACAAGUUAUUGGCGAUGGCAAACGUGUGAGAUCCCAAGACCUUGCACGCUUGUAUGAAAUAAUUUUGCAGAAUGUCAGUGAGAUGCAGCAAAUACAAGGAAUGGAAGAAGACGCCACCUACCAAGCAGAAAUAGAAAACUUGGCACUCACAUUUAAGGCAUUCCGUUGCUAUUACAUUGCUUUGACACUGAUCGACAUGAAAAAGUGGAAAGAAGCUGUUGCUCUUUACGAACGUUCUUCCAAAUAUGCCAACGAAGCAUUAGCUGGGAAAGCAAGCGAAGAGUUCAAAUUAGCCGAUGAUUUGAAAAUACUCGUGUCAACAAUAGAAGGUUGCAAAUUCUCUGCGCAUGCAUAUAGUGUGCUCGAGAAUGACACAUCCGACGAUGCUAUUUUCACGUCCAAGUCUCAAAAAUCUACGAAACCCUUAUUCGAGCGUCUGUCACAAUACAAAGAGGAUCAAUCGCUUCACACCAAAACGCCGAACGUUUUCAAGAUGACACCUGAAAUGGAGGCAAUUCCCUGCAAGCCGCUAUUCUUCGACCUGGCGAUCGGUCAUAUUGAACUACCGCCAUUGGAUGAUAAGCUGCACUCGCCAGGAAACAAGGGAGGCGCAUCGAUUUCUGGAUUCGUAAAAGGAUUUUUGGGCUGGGGUGGAAAUAAAUGAAGUGGAUUUGGUAAACUUAUUUAAACACAGCAUAAACAAAUUAGUUAUUUUCACAAAUGAAUAUUCUAAACGUUAGCUCCCGGCUAGGAUUACUGACCAGAACAUUAUAAAAAGUAUCAUGUAUUCUCUACAUUCGACACGCGCCUUGAAUAGAGCGUUCACUUGAGAAAUGCAUUUGUGUAUGGUAUUGGAACAUAUUUAGCAACCCAAUAAUAGUUUUUUUUUUCUCUUUUUUAUGCUUCAAUUCCCAUUUGGAAUAAAAAUACCCAUCGCAUUUGUUUAGGUGAAUUUUGAAAUA